AUGCCUGAAGUAGCAUCUUACACAGGACAAGAAAUGAGCUACAGCAACAUGCCUGAAGUAGCAUCUUACACAGGACAAGAAAUGAGUUACAGCAACAUGCCUGAAGUAGCAUCUUACACAGGACAAGACAUGAGUUACAGCAACAUGCCUGAAGUAGCAUCUUACACAGGACAAGACAUGAGUUACAGCAACAUGCCUGAAGUAGCAUCUUACACAGGACAAGACAUGAGUUACAGCAACAUGCCUGAAGUAGCAUCUUACACAGGACAAGAAAUGAGCUACAGCAACAUGCCUGAAGUAGCAUCUUACACAGGACAAGAAAUGAGCUACAGCAACAUGCCUGAAGUAGCAUCUUACACAGGACAAGACAUGAGCUACAGCAACAUGCCUGAAGUAGCAUCUUACACAGGACAAGAAAUGAGUUACAGCAACAUGCCUGAAGUAGCAUCUUACACAGGACAAGAAAUGAGUUACAGCAACAUGCCUGAAGUAGCAUCUUACACAGGACAAGAAAUGAGUUACAGCAACAUGCCUGAAGUAGCAUCUUACACAGGACAAGAAAUGAGUUACAGCAACAUGCCUGAAGUAGCAUCUUACACAGGACAAGAAAUGAGUUACAGCAACAUGCCUGAAGUAGCAUCUUACACAGGACAAGAAAUGAGCUACAGCAACAUGCCUGAAGUAGCAUCUUACACAGGACAAGAAAUGAGUUACAGCAACAUGCCUGAAGUAGCAUCUUACACAGGACAAGAAAUGAGUUACAGCAACAUGCCUGAAGUAGCAUCUUACACAGGACAAGACAUGAGCUACAGCAACAUGCCUGAAGUAGCAUCUUCCACAGGACAAGAAAUGAGCUACAGCAACAUGCCUGAAGUAGCAUCUUCCACAGGACAAGAAAUGAGCUACAGCAACAUGCCUGAAGUAGCAUCUUACACAGGACAAGACAUGAGCUACAGCAACAUGCCUGAAGUAGCAUCUUCCACAGGACAAGAAAUGAGCUACAGCAACAUGCCUGAAGUAGCAUCUUCCACAGGACAAGAAAUGAGCUACAGCAACAUGCCUGAAGUAGCAUCUUACACAGGACAAGACAUGAGCUACAGCAACAUGCCUGAAGUAGCAUCUUCAAGUGUUGACAAUUACUACCAAUUAUAA